CUCCGCGAGCCGCCUCCAUGGGCCGGCGCCGCCGCCUCCUGCUGCUCUGGGCCCUGCUCGGCCUCCUCCACCCGGGAGCCCCCCGGGCCCAGAGUGUGCAGCAUACUUACGAAAAUGUUAAAGUAUUGCAGAUAUCCAUGCGCCCGACUGCGGCCGUGCAGAUUUCAUCAAAUACAGAAGAAAGCCCCAAGGAUCAGGACAAUUCCCAAUCAGAAGAAGAGGCGGAAGCCAAGGAAAAGGCAGAAGCCAAGGAGGAAGAAAAAACGUUGCAUGACCUUGUGGGCGUCCUGCAAGACAUGGUGCAAGACAUCCCAACAGUGAAAGCACAACACCCCAUCCACACCAUCCUCCUACCGACCAUCGCCCUGCCAACCGAACCACCGGCGGUUGUGACAACCGUCCUAGAACCACCGGUAGUCAUGACAACCGCUCCAGAGCCUUCCCAGCCAGAAAUGGUUCACACCGUUGAGGUCAGCCUGAGCCCAACACCUAAGGAAGAAUCGGAGACGUCAGAAACGGUUGUCGUGACCAACCCAAUUACCCCUGCCAGCCCAGCACACGUUAUAGAAAUUAAAAAUGCCACAGGUGAACCUGUACUUCUGCAUAUUGAUCAGACCACCAGAGAAGAACCGUUGGUUAGUGUUUCCCUCGUUUUAGAAAAGACGACGACCAAGAAAAGCGUCAAGAACUUUGAUCAGCUGACCAACGGAGCCUUAUCGAAUCUGGAGCAGUCUCUGGAAAAUGUUAAAAAACUGAAUGGGAUACUCGAUACCUUCACUAAAAAAGCGGAGCAUCCGGAAAGCAAAGCUGGUAAGGCGCCGAAGGAGAAACCAGCUGCAGGAGAUAUCUUGGGCUUGAUUGCAAAUCUGAUCGAAACCCUAAAGAGCACCCCUUCCUUUGUGAAAGAAGAUCGAAACCUCUACAAGUACAUUCAGACAGCAGAAACCUACAUCAAAGAGGCUCUGGAGUUAACGGAAAAAGCAGAGAAGAAGCUUCAAGAGGAGCACCCGGUCUUGCCUUCCACCCCCCCACCUGCACGAGAGGAGGAGAUCCUCCUCCCGCCCACACCUGCGCCAGAACCUUUACCUGCACCGACCAUUAUUGUCCAUCCGGUAUCACCUCCUCCUGAGCCUCUCGCCGAAAAGGCCGAAGACGCUCAAGAGGAAAUGGGAAAGCUAAAAGCGUUCAUUAACUUGCUGUAUGGUUUUAGUCCCCAUCUGACUUCAUUCACAAAGAACACGGCCCAUAAAAAAGUGGCGGAGGACAUCGUCGAGAGAGCCCUGGGGGUCCUCCAUGCCAUCAAGAGCGUUUUCUGUAACAGUCAAGAAGCUCAGAGCAAAAGAGCCCUAAAGCAGUUGCUGAAGGAAGACAUGGAGCUCAUGAACCAAGCCAUGAAGGCGAAGGGAAAGAGAGUCCAUUAAGAAGAAAGAUCCGUCUGGUCCUUGGCAGUGUGACUGUUUCUCAUCGAACGUACGUCUGAUCAGAGACCCCUUUGUUACAGCCCACCUGGGCGUUGUAGGCAUUUCCAGGUCUGGAAUUAAAUGUUUUAUUUAUAAAUAAAAA